AUGUCUCUCUUGCCACAAAGUGCAGGAUAUGCCACCAUCUUGGUCGGUGGUGCGUUCUUCGCCAUCAUGAUGAAUAGCCUUACUUGGGUUCAGCGACGAUACACUCAGUAUGAUCCGUCUCGAAUCGAAGAGUUCUCCUCCGCCUCUAGGUCGGUAAAAACCGGUAUGAUGUCCGUUGGAAUCACCUCUGCUUGGGUAUGGGCAGCCGUAUUUCUCCAGACACGUACUCUGACCUACCUGUACGGAGUAUCCGUUCCCUGGUGGUUUGGUAUGGGUGGUUUCGUUGAGAUUGCCGCUUUUGCAUUCAUUUCUUCGAAAGUCAAGGUCAAUGCCGGCGGAGCUUCUACCUAUCUACAGGUCGCCAAAGUCCGGUUUGGAACUGUCGGUCAUCUUGUCUAUAUGUUUGCAGCUUUCGUAGCCAAUUUUGUGGUCGGGAGCGAGAUUCUCAUCGGAGGCGCUGGUGUUAUCACUGGUAUGACUGGUAUCAGCGAGUACGCCGGUAUCUGGCUGCUGCCAACAGUCAUUGUUGCCUAUGUUCUAACGGGCGGUUUGCGAGCCACUUUUGUCGCCGAUUACUUGCAUUGCUGCAUCUUGUUCACCUGCCUGCUGGUCCUGGUAUUGGCAAUCUAUACUCGCGGUGAUCUGAUUGGAUCUCCUGGCAAGCUGUAUGACUUACUAUUAGCUGCGUCGGAGUCUACACCUGUUGAGGGCAAUGCUCACCAAUCGUAUCUGUCCUUUCGAAGUGAUGGAGGAAUGUAUUAUGCCGUGACUGCUGCCACUUCUUUCUUUGGCCUUUCCUUUUGCGACCAAUCCUACUGGCAGCGAAGUAUCGCAUCCCAGCCAGCUGGAACCAGCAAAGCAUUCAUCUUUGCCGGAUGUUUCUUCUUCUCCGUCGCAUUUGGCAUUGGUUCUUCAAUGGGUCUCGCUGCUCGAGCUCUGGAAUCCAAUCCCGCUUUCCCCACAUAUCCCGACCCUCUCAGCUUGGCAGAAGUUGGCGCUGGACUGGCUGGACCUUUUGCUUCGAUGACUGUGUUGGGCAAAGCUGGUCCUGCUAUGUACACCAUCAUCGCUUUCAUGGCCACCACUUCUGCUCUAUCGGCUCAAUAUGUUGCCGUAUCGACCAUCGCUUCCUAUGAUAUCUACCGAGAAUACUUCAAUAAAUCGGCAACCAAUGUUCAAAUGAUGGCAGUCAAUCACACCGUCGUAGUGGUCUGGGCGAUCUUCUUGGCUGGUAUAAAUACAGUCUUUGCUCACGUCGGUCUUGACUUGAACUUCUUGUUCUACUUCAUGGCGGUUUGCACUUCGGGAAGCGUAUUCCCGAUCGGUCUCCUGAUGUGUUGGAAGAAAUUGAACAAAGUUGGAGCCAUCACUGGUGUUAUUGGUGGACUGGUAGUCGGGUUCAUUGCGUGGCUGGUAUCCACUGUAAGACUUCAAGGUACGAUCAAUACGACGACUCUCACAGCAAGUACAGUCAUCCUCUCAGGGUCUUUGUCCGCUUUGGGAGCGGGCGCCAUCUUCUCUAUAUUCAUCUCCUUGAUCCGACCGGCUUCUUUCGACUUUGAACUCACUCGAGCUAUUGGAUCGGGCUACGUCCCUCAUCAUACUAAUCAAGUGACUGAAAAGGACAAUCAUGCCGCGGAACCUCAAUCAACUGACUACGAGCCUGCUCUUGCUAAAGUUGAAGGGGCGGGACGAAGUGCUGCCGCAGAUGCAGAGUACGCUGAAGGUGUAAUCAAGCUCGAGAAAUCACAAACUCGAUUCCGUAUCAUCACCGCUGCAUUCCUUUUGAUUAUUCUGGUCCUCAUCCCAGCACCGCUUGCAGGGACAGGCGUGAUAUAUUCAAAGAGCCUUCUAAUGCUCCAAUGUGUAUCUGCUGCGGCGUUUGUGUGCUUCAGCACGAUCAUGAUCAUCCUGUGGCCCAUUGUAGAAUCUUGGCAAGAGAUCAGGGUAAUAGCCAGUCGUAUUGUGAGAAACGAGCGAGCCGAUAUUGCGAGGAAUGCGCAGGAGUAG